GGUCCAAACCAAAAGAAAACGUUUCCCUUUUUUAUUUUGUCUAUUUACUUCAAUAAUAUCUUUUUUUUUUGUUUUCUCACGAAACACCAGACCAGAUCCAAUUCUUAUCCUUCUCUUCCCAUGUUCUCCAGCUCUGUCUCCCUCUUUAAUUACUCUCUCUUUUCACACUCUUUCCAUUUCACCGAAAAUGCCAAUGUUUCAACCGUUUAAAGGCGGUGGCUUCGACGGCCACGUCUUAGAUCUACACACGGCGGUCAAAGACGGCGUCCACGGCGGAGGCGGAGAAGUCAAAACCUCGGCGGUGGAAACCGAACUAGAUCUCAAAACGAUGAUCGAAGAGCUCGAAUCACAAGAAACACCCUCUGUCUUCAUCUGCCCGAUCUCUCUAGAGCCGAUGCAAGAUCCGGUGACUCUCUGCACCGGUCAAACCUACGAGAGGUCGAACAUUCUCAAAUGGCUGAGCUUAGGACACCGCACUUGCCCCACCACGAUGCAGGAGCUCUGGGACGAUGCCGUCUUCACUCCGAACAAGACGCUCCACCAGCUGAUCCACGCUUGGUUCUCGCAGAAGUACGUUUUGAUGAAGAAACGGUCGGAGGACGUGGCGGGGAGAGUGAUCGAGAUCGUGGCGGCGUUGAGGAAGGCGAAAGGGAAAGGGAAACUUCACGCUUUGAGCGAGCUUAAAGGAGUGGUGACGUGUCACGAGAUCGCUAGGAAGAGCGUUGUUGACGAAGGUGGAGUCUCUGUUAUAUCUUCUCUUCUGACUCCGUUCACUUCUCACGCCGUUGGAUCAGAAGCUGUUGCGAUUUUGGUUAACCUCGAGCUUGAUUCUGUUUCGAGAGCUGGUCUGAUGCAGCCGGCUAGGGUUUCGUUGAUGGUCGACAUGUUGAACGACGGUUCCAUCGAGACGAAAAUCAACUGCGCGAGGUUGAUCGGGAGGUUAGUCGAGGAGAAAGGUUUUAGAGCAGAGCUCGUCUCUAGUCACAGUCUACUCGUCGGGUUGAUGAGAUUGGUCAAAGACAGACGGCGAAGAAACGGCGUCUCCCCAGCUUUAACGUUACUCAAAUCUAUCUCGGUUCAUAGACAAGUGAGGAGCUUGAUGGUUAGCGUCGAAGCGGUUCCUCAGUUAGUCGAUGUGUUGCCUUGUCUAGGACCAGAGUGUUUGGAAUCAGCUCUUUGCGUGUUGGACUCGUUGUGUUCUGACAGCGAAGGAGUAACGGCUUUGAGAGAUUCUGUUAACACGAUUCCUAACACCGUUAGGUUGCUGAUGAGAGUGUCCGAGACGUGCACGGCUUACGCGGUUUCGAUUCUUUGGUCGGUUUGCAGAUUAGCUUCUCGAGAGUGUUCGUCUCUCGCGGUUGAGCUUGGUCUGGCUGCUAAGCUUUUGCUUGUGAUACAGAGUGGAUGUGAUCCAGCUUUGAAGCAACGUUCGGCUGAGUUGUUGAAGCUGUGUAGUCUACAUUAUUCAGAUACAAUGUUUAUUUCUAAAUGUAAACUCACACCAACGAUUCAGUAAUGUUUGUUUUUUGACAAAUUUUGCCUUUUUAAGUUUGUUUAACGAGAUUAAAUUCGUAUUUUGUACAUUGGAGGGGAGUUAAAGAAGUCUUUUCUCUUAA